GACUUAGCAGCCCUGUCAUACAUCACGGCUGUCCUGGUUGUAAUACCAUCCACUUCUCAAUGGCGUGCCAAGAACGUUCCAACCUUAUCAGUCAUUGCAUGGUUGCUCAUACUCAACGUUUUCCAUGGGACAAACACUAUAAUUUGGGCAAACAACGUAAGGGUCGUAGCGGAAGUCUAUUGCGACAUU